AUGAGCAUCAACAAGGACCUGCUCGGCCUCGAUAGCCCCGACACGCUUCCCGUGAUCUCGAUAUCAGCCUCGCAGUCAUUGAACGCGUCGGCUACUCUGAGAGAACCAAUAUCCACAGGACUUGCGCGUCUAGAUCAGGCUCUAGAUGACUCGGCUGCCGACCAACGCAGCUCUGGUGGGAUCCUUCGUGGCCAGGUCACGGAGGUCUUUGGGCCACCGGGAGUAGGGAAAACAUCUCUAGCACUAAGCGUUGCAUCUCAUGCACUCCGCGAUGGCGGAAAAGUCAUCUGGAUCGACACGGGCUCACCAAUCCCAAUAUCCCGACUCAAAUGCAUGACCCCAGAACUGGACAAUCUAAUCUACUUCCGGGCCCCAACACUCCCACACCUCCUAUCUCUCCUCAUCCGCCCACCAAAGGGCUUCCCACCCGCGGAAACAAGCCUCUUAGUGAUCGACUCAAUCUCCUCCCUCUUCCCAGGCUACUUCCUCAGCGCUGCAGAACUCAAAGACCGACUCGCCCAAGGCAAAAUCACCGACAAAUCCCAACUGCAGUGGUUACUGAACCGCAAGUGGAACGUCAUCAGCGAUGUCGCCACGCAUCUAACGCGUCUCGCCGCGCGGAACAUCGCCAUUCUAGCCUUGAACCAGACGCACACUAAAAUCAAGGGCCAGCCGCGCGCGACGUUGCAUCCGGUCGUGGCGGGUGGUGCGUGGGAGACGAACGUCCAGACGCGGAUUGUGCUGUAUCGGGAUCUACCCGACAUGCGGUUUGCGGAGAUUACGAAGAGAGCGGGGAGGACGCUGCCUGUGCGGUUGAUGGAGUUGAUCGUUCCGUUUGUUAUUGGCUCGGAUGGUCUCAAUGAAGUGGAGGAACCGAAGACUCCCGAAGUCCUUGAACCGACGCCUAGUCGUAAGCGCAAGGCAGAGAAGGAAGUUGCGGAUAGUCAAGAUGAAGACUCGGAAGCAGAAUACGAAUGGAUGGGCGAGGCCUUGCUGGAUGAUAGUUGA